CAUCUAAUAGGCUCAGGCCGGAUUUGAAGCAGGCAUGAAAAUGGGUGGAAAGCUUUCCAUACUUCUCCUUCUUGUCAUCUUCUUCUUCUUCACCACAUCUACAGCUUCAAGAGAUAUUUCAGAACUGCCCCACUUUAACAGGUCUUUCACUGUCAAAGCCAACCCACAGAUUGGUGCAGCCAAGUGUUCAUACACAGUGGACAUAAGAACAAGCUGUUCCUCAGUUAAAUACACCAGAGAUCAAAUCAGCCUUUCAUUUGGUGAUGCCUAUGGCAAUGAGGUAUAUGCAGCAAGAAUUGACGACCCAGAUUCGGACACAUUCGAGAGAUGCUCCAAGGAUACAUUCAAGAUUACAGGGCCGUGCAUGGAUGAUGUGUGUUAUCUGUAUCUAUACAGGGUUGGAUCGGACGGCUGGAAACCGCAGAGCGUGACUGUGUACAUCUCUGCUCGCAAUUAUGUUACGUUUACAUACAACAGAUUUGUGCCCAAAGGAGUGUGGUAUGGCUUCAAUCACUGCGAUAAUGCUGCCUCCAUCUCAACUGUUGUGUAGAGAAGACAGAACUGAGUCGGAGCGGUCGAGAUGAGAUUGAUUGCUUAUUAUGUAAUGAGUGGGUUUUUAAGAAUUUGGAAUAAGUUUUCGUGUGGACUAUAUUGUUAAUUUCAAAAUAAGGAUUUAUUACAAUUACAUACUUAUGUUAUCUUU